CAGAUUGGAUUGACAUAUUAAUGGGUAAAUUCCGUGACGAAAUCGCACGUACGCGUGCAAAAAUUGAAAUUUGUUGAAAGUUGUUACAGGAUCAAAACUUGCUACCAAGCAUGGGGUUAGCCAGGCGUCUGUAUGUCAAAUUCGAAAGAAAAUGCAAAGACUAUUUAUCACUGUCCCCUGAAGAAUCUGGUAAGUGUGGUUGCAGAACAGCUCUAGACGACUCGCUUGUGCUUACGGAAUGUCAAAAGAAUCGCAAAGCAUCUAGCAAGCAGCUGCAACGGAUGAUAGAACAGCAUGGUGUUGCAGAAAAGACUGGACAUCACAGCAAG